AUCUGUAAGUGGGAAGGGGGUGCAGAGAAUGCUGAUUUUUACACGUUUUACCUCUUAUUUCCUUUUGUGUGUGGGUAUGUCUGUGUGCAUGUCUGAAGCGGGUCUGAGAAUCUUCCCGUUUCAACUCCACAGAUACGUGACUCGCCAAGUGCUUUAUUUUGAAAACUAGGACAGAGCACUUUGCAGAAGAAAAAUCAGUCCACUCACUAUUAUUUAUGUGAUUGCUGAUCUGCUAGAUGGAUCUAGAAAGCAUCAAGAAUUAUGAUAAUUUCUAGAGUGGAGCACUGGUUUACAAACAUAUUUCUCUACCUGAGCGUUGUGGGUUUCUUUGCUCAUUCUGUGCAGUGGGAACGGAGAAUAUUCAGAAUUUGAAGACAAGCCGGGCAAACCGGCUGCAUUCAUAUCUAAAAUUAAAGGAAUAAGUGAGCAGCUAUUUGUGGCAGACAGGACAUGAUCCAUCUGUUUCCAGGUCUGGCGGGGGGCCGGGCGGUGGCGGCGGCGGCGGCGGCAGCAGGAGAUGCCCGGGCGGCCAGCGGAGGUCCAUGUGGCGCUCUAGGUGGGAUGCCGGCGUCCUGAAGGCGGAGGCCCUGGCCCUCCUCCCCUGCGGCCUGGGCAUGGCCUUCUCCCAGUCCCACGUGAUGGCUGCUCGGCGGCACCAGCACAGCCGUCUCAUCAUCGAGGUGGACGAGUACAGCUCCAACCCCACCCAGGCCUUCACCUUCUACAACAUCAACCAGGGCCGCUUCCAGCCACCGCAUGUGCAGAUGGUGGACCCGGUGCCUCAUGAUGCCCCCAAGCCUCCGGGCUACACCCGCUUUGUCUGUGUCUCCGACACCCACUCGAGGACGGACCCCAUCCAGAUGCCCUAUGGUGACGUGCUGAUCCACGCUGGGGACUUCACUGAGCUGGGACUCCCGAGCGAGGUGAAGAAGUUCAACGAGUGGCUCGGCAGCCUGCCCUAUGAGUACAAGAUUGUGAUCGCAGGCAACCACGAGCUGACCUUUGACCAGGAGUUCAUGGCCGACCUCAUCAAGCAGGAUUUUUACUACUUCCCCUCCGUGUCCAAGCUGAAGCCGGAGAACUACGAGAACGUGCAGUCACUGCUGACCAACUGCAUCUACCUACAGGACUCGGAGGUCACCGUGCGGGGCUUCAGGAUCUAUGGCUCCCCAUGGCAGCCCUGGUUUUACGGCUGGGGCUUUAACCUCCCACGAGGCCAAGCCCUGCUGGAGAAGUGGAAUCUCAUUCCCGAAGGCGUAGACAUCCUGAUAACCCAUGGACCGCCGCUGGGCUUCCUGGACUGGGUCCCCAAGAAGAUGCAGCGGGUGGGCUGCGUGGAGCUGCUGAACACAGUGCAGAGGCGUGUCCAGCCGCGGCUUCACGUCUUCGGCCACAUCCACGAAGGGUACGGCGUCAUGGCAGAUGGGACGACCACCUAUGUGAAUGCAUCCGUGUGCACUGUGAACUACCAGCCCGUGAACCCACCCAUAGUCAUCGACCUCCCCACGCCCCGGAACUCCUGACUGCUCCCUGCUGUCCCAGCCCUGCCCACCCGCCAGGUGCUCAGCUCCAUAUGCCUGGCCCAACCUCCUUUCCUUCCACGCAGGAUGACCCAAAUGACCCGUCUGGCCGCCGGGACUGGCCCAGCAGAUGGGUUGAGGCCUUGGGACGAUUCUUCAGCCUUUUGUCAUCUGGAGUCGGGACCCUGUGUGUCCCCAUCAAGGGUUCUGUGCUCAUUUGUUUUUCUGCGUGUACAUCCCGUGUGUACCUCAUCAAAGGACCUAAUAAGCUCACGGCUCCUUCUUGCUUGGGGAGUGACUGAAUCGUCAUCCUUCUCAGUUAGACACCCUCCUGGCCUGGGAAGCCACUGGUCUUGGAUAGGUCUGGAAGUUCUUGCACAAAAUCUCCCUCUGAUCGAGAGUUUGUGUGGCUGCAAGCCCAGGGCUGGGAGCAGGUGGGAGGUUUUGUAGGCUGGGCUCAGACAGCCCUUGCUGUCCUCCCAGGCCAGAGAGGAGACAGGCCUGCUCCAGGCGGAGGCCUUCUGAGGGAAUGUUUAGUGACAUCUCAGGAAUUCAGACAGCACCUGGCUGGGCCCACAGCAGUUUUCCUGGUAUUGUUCCCCUCUUUUCUUCCCAUGGGUAUUUCUGCUGACUUGAACAAUGGUCCUAGCAUCCCAGGCUUUCACUCGGGGCCUGGAUUGUGGGAGUUGGUUCUACAGAAUGAGCCAUUCGAGUGCUCAAGACCAGCAGGAGGGCUGCUAGUCAUGGUGGGCUAACCCUUGGUCCCACAGAGACUGUGAUGCUCUUCAGAACUCAACAUCCUGGAGGGUCUGCAGACUGAGGCUGCGGCAGCCCUGUGGGCGCCCAUGUCUUUGUACGUAUGCAUACAUGCACACGCACCCCUCUUCUUUUUUAAGAGACAGGGUCUCACUCUGUCCCCCAGACUGGCGUG